CAUUGCAUGGUCACUCUACCCACGUUCCAUUGCCUCCCUCCCACUGGAACCCUUAAUCCCAAAGCUACGUACUAUGUCUAAUACCCUAUAUCAUCCCCCUUUCUCACUCCUUCCAUAUUCCAUUACUCCUCUUCUCUCUUCCACCACCGCCGCCGCCACCACCACCACCGGAGAAGCAUUUUGAAUAGGAGGAGGAGCGAUCUAUAUGGAUAUCUAUGGAAUGUCGUCGUCCGGACAGGAUUUCUCCGGCGUUGACGAGCUACUUGACUUCUCCAACGACCAUGGCGCCGACUUAUUCUGUACUGCCUCCGCCACUGACACACUUCACCACCACCACAACGUCACCUCCUCCUCCUCCUCCACCUUCACCUCCACCGCCACUGGCUGCCAUUUCCAAUAUGGGGUUAACAACAUUAAUGAAGAUAGCAAUAAUAAUGGUAGCAGAGAUAUUGCUACCACCUACCACCACCACUCCACCGACUUCACCGACGACUUAUGUGUGCCUAGCGAUGACGUGGCGGAGCUUGAAUGGCUAUCGAACUUUGUUCACGAUUCGUUCAGCGAUUUUCCGGCGAAUAAUAUGGCUGGAACUAUAAACUAUCGACCGGAGAACGCAUCAUUUCAUAACCGAUCAAGAAGCAAGAGAACCAGAGCACCUACAAACAACAAUAACUGGACAUCAACGCCGCCGUUACCCACCACUUCGAUCUCCGGAAAAACGUACUCAUCGCCUACGUCAUCCUCCGAUACAACGUCGGAACCUGGCUUAGUCCGUCGAUGCACGCACUGCGCAUCGGAGAAGACGCCGCAGUGGAGAACCGGGCCGCUAGGGCCAAAGACGCUGUGUAACGCUUGCGGCGUGAGGUAUAAGUCCGGGAGGUUGGUACCGGAGUAUCGACCGGCGGCGAGUCCAACGUUUGUCCUGACUCAGCAUUCCAACUCUCACCGGAAAGUAAUGGAGCUCCGCCGACAAAAGGAGAUGAUUGUCGCCGUCGGCCAACCACAACAAUCACCAUCGUCUGAAUACCAACUCUACGGCGGCGGACACCAUCAUCACCAAGUCCGCCACCACCACCACCAUAACCGCAACAACUACGAGGUUUUCGUCUUUUGUUAUUCACAUCACAUCUGCGAUCAUCGAUCAGAAAAUAGUUUCAGUAAUUUGACUUUGUUCUUUAUCUGA